UGGUCCAAUAUACCACCAACUGGAUCUUUGACCAAACGAACUUCGAAGAGCUCAUUAGCCAAACAAAAUUCACACACUUCAUUGACCAAACGAACGUCAAGCAGUGCAUCUAAGAAAUUAAGUAAAGGUUUAUCAAAGACAGGUGCAACAAGUGUUAAUGGGAUAGAGCCAUCACGACAACCUGAGAAAAGAGGAAAGGUUGAGCUAUGGUUUUAUAGUGGAGAGUUUGUAUCUGUCAGGGCUAGUGAUGAUGAUGCAUCCUACUAUAUCUGUCGCCUACUUCAGAAUGUAUAUAAUACUAGUGAAGAUGUUAAAAUUCGAUGGGUGGAGGAACGACCUUCAGGUUUCCGCAACUUGUUUGUAAUGACGUCCCGAGAAACAAUUGACCCUGCUACCAUCGUUAUGUCAAUCCGUGUGGAAUCGAGACGUGGAAAUGUUUUCACCCUUAACAAAGAUGACAUAGCAGAAACAAGCAAGAUUUUAAAUUUGAUUGUGUCAAGUUCUGACGAUCCUGUUGAACUAAUGGAUGAUGAUAAAGUUUUGAAAGUUGAACAGAUUGAAACCCCAAGAAAGAAACCAAAACUUCACAAAAGUGUAGGACUUAAGACAAAAGGUGGUCUUGGCAAAAAAAAUGCAGUUCUUGAUAAGAAAAAAACAAUCAACAAGAAAAAAGGUGCAGAGCCAGGUGAAAAGAAAGAAAGGAAGAGAAAGACACCAGCUAAAGCUAAAAUAGACUUGACAUUAAAACCAAGACCUCAUAUUAAAGUUCUUGUAAAAGAUCCACUCUUUGAGACUAGUACAAAAAUGCCAUUUAUAUCGAAGUUUGCUAACUCAAGAUUGACUUUCCGGGCUGUUAAUUUGGAUGAUCUGAAGUUAUUAAAAAGUUUUUUUAAUGAUAAAGAUGAAACAAAGCCAGCAUCAGUAAUAUUAAGUCAAACUAGAACAGUAGAUAAUGUUGUGGAUGAAUAUUCAGCCAUACAUUAUGCUAUAAAAGACCAAAAAAUUGAAAUAUUAAGAUAUUUGAUAACAAAAGCAGAUGAUGAAGAUGUACGGUCAGAGUAUAGAAAUUUCUGUAGUCUGAACACGGGAAGUUAUAAUCCACGUUCAUUAGGUAUCGAGGCAGUUCGACCACUGACUGUCAGUAGAGGGGUCAAAGAGGGCAACGAAGCACUGAUGAAGGAUACAGAAACAAAAAUUCAAAUUGAGCAAGAUGAAUCAUGUUUUGACAGUUAUUUAAAAUGUGCUAUGAAACAUGGUGUGAGUAAGGAAAUAUUGGAAAUCAUUCUUGUAGAGAAAUCAAAAAUCAUCGGCACAGAUUCUAUUUAUGACUCAUAUAAUAUUCAAGCAGCAUCUAAAAAUUUAGAUUUGGCUCUAGAAAAUGGCCAUAGACAGAUCAUAGUUGAUGUACUAGAAAAGAGUUUACAGAAUGAUUAUAGACGCGAUAAAUUAUUACUAUAUUUAAAGGUUUUAGUAGCUGAAUCUGCUGAUGAAUUAAAGGGAAAAGUUCCACCAUCUGCUGUAGCAUACAAAGCUAAAAUGUUUCAACAGAUGUCCCCGAUACAUUUUGCUGUCAUCAAUCCUAGAACAGAAAUAAUGGAGAAACUUCUGUCAGUUAAUCCUGAUUUUCAAGUUGCUGAUAAGAAAAAUCGUAGACCAAUACAUUUUUCUGCAGGUUGCGAAGACAGUGGACCUCUAGAAAAUCUUAUGAAAAAAGGAGCGAAUGUUUAUGACGCUGAUGUUUUUGGUCAGAUACCAUUACACUACGCUAUUAAAGCUAACAGAUUGAAGAAUGUAGAAGUUUUGUUGAAAGCUGCUAAUGAAGAGAGUAAAACUGGAGGUGAUAUAUUAAGUUGUUAUUAUGUUAUAUUUUAG